AUGGCCCUUCAAGAAGCCAGCGAGGCUUACCUCGUUGGUCUCUUUGAAGAUACUAAUCUCUGCGCUAUUCACGCCAAACGUGUAGGUGAUUUUGGAGAGCCUAAACGCCCGACUAGCGCUUCGGCGAUUUCACCAGGGUGGAAAACGGCUUUUAUUAAAGCGCUUACACCCUGGGGGAUAAGGAUUAGGCAGGUUCAGCCUCGGACCAGCAGAGAUUGCUCCUCUGCUAGGUCCGAGGACUGA